AUGAUUCAAAAUAUAGCUGGAUAUCAAAUGCUCCCUGUUAGCGCAAAUAUACUGAGCAAACAAGUGGUGAAUUUGGUGGUCGAGGGCAUCGACACCGUCAGUAAUAUUACGGUAAAUGGCGUUCAGAUCUUACGGACUAUCAAUCAGUUCGUGCGGUACGUGUUUGACGCCAAACAUGCCCUUAAAAGCGGUCAAAACUCUAUACAAAUACACAUUGAAAACCCUCAACACUAUGUGGACGUCCAAAAGAAUUGGUAUAAUAAGACAUACCAUUAUGGUAUAAACCCCCCUAGAGGUUACAUACGUAAAAUGGGCGCAUCAUUUGGGUGGGACUGGGGUCCGUCAUUUAAAACACAAGGCAUUUGGAAACCCAUUGGUAUCGAGGCUUACGAUAAGGCAAUUAUUAGAGACAUUACGGUCGAGACGACACCCGAUGCACACAAUGGCAGCCAAUGGACACUGAAUACCAAUAUUUUCAUUGAAUCCCAAAUUAAACACUCUUUUGAGGCAAACAUAACUAUUUCACUGGACGGAAAGGUACUCCAAAGUGGACAGUCGUAUAAUCUUACUACAGGCGCCGAUGGCACGGCUAAACUAGCUCUGAAACUACCGGUGAAUAACAUGUCUAUAACGCCGUGGUUUCCAAACGGUGUGACAAACGGUACGCAAAAGUUGUAUGAAUUGGGGGUAAAGAUUGGGUUCAAUGGGUCGACAGAAGUGUCGGAAAAAGUAGUGAAAAUUGGUUUCCGAACCAUUCAAGUGAUACAAACUCCGGUAAAACCCAAAGGAUUGACAUUUUAUUUUCAAGUCAAUGGCGUCCCGUUUUUUGCCAAGGGCACUAAUUGGAUACCCGCUAAUAUUCUACAGGAGGACCUGACCAGAGAUUAUUUGAAACACAUGAUGGAGUCGGCAAGAGAUGCCAACAUGAAUAUGAUGCGAGUGUGGGGCGGAGGGGUGUAUGAGUCGGACUACCUCUACGAGUUGGCCGAUGAGUACGGGAUUAUGCUUUGGCAGGACUUCAUGUUCGCGUGCGGGAGUUACCCAUCGGAUCCGGACUUCUUGGCCACAGUGGACAUAGAGGUCACACAACAGACACGCCGUUUGCAACACCACCCGUCCAUCGCUAUCUGGUCAGGUAUUUAUUUCAAAGCCCCGUCUACUGGUGGUAUUGAACGAUACCAGGAUUUGGUAUAUUUAUCACAAGUGGUUCAGGCGAUGGCUAUGAAGUCUGCGACCGAACACCAUAGACGGAACCGGGAGGUGAGUGCGUCCGGCUCCGGGAACACAAUGGGUGCCCUGUAUUGGCAACUGAACGACAUAUGGCAGGGCACCACCUGGUCGUCCAUAGAAUACGGCGGCAAAUGGAAACUAUUGCACUCAUAUGCCCGCGAUUUUUUCGCCAAACAGUUGGUCACCCCAUAUGAGGACAAAAAUGAAACUUUAAAAGUUGCGUUAGUACGGGAUGACUACGAGGAUAGGCAUGAGUUUGAUACAACUGUCCAAAUAUACAAGUGGUUGUCCACUACACCCAUCCAUCAAAUUGUAUUGAAGUCUGUGAGUGAAAGCGGAUUUUCAGCCCAAACCCUAUGGAAUCACUCCAUACCAGUGCUGCUCAAGGAGUCCGGCUGUGCAGACAGAGCUGACUGUGUGGUCAGAGUCGACGUUCCCUUCUAUGGGAUAUCGAAUUUCCUGUUAUUAACUGAACCGAGAAACUCGCGAAUAGUUAAACCGAAUGUGAAGUUAGUUUCGGUGAAACUGAGACCCAAUGUCGAAGUCAAUGGUAAUCCGAAACACGUGUUCGACAUAACGCUGUCCACCGAAGCCGUCGCACCGUUUGUUUCGCUCGACUUUGCGUUGAAUUCUGGAAUUCGCGGCAAUUUCUUGGAAAACGGAUUCUUUAUAUUCGAUUCGCGAAAGACUAUUACUUUUGUCACAGAAUCUAAUGCUACGGAAACUGACAUUGCUAAACAUUUAACCAUUAAAACCGUGUCCGAUGUUGCUUGAAUAAAUAAAUAAAACUAAAUUCCUAAAC